AUGAUGGCGUCUUCCUCCUCUUCCUUCUUUGGCAUCGAGCCACUCGACGGCGGCGAGAGCGAGACCUGCCGCCAUGCCAUGGACGCCUGCUCCCUCUGCGGGAAGCGCCUCGCUGGGGACUGCGACAUCUUCAUGUACAGGUUCGUGCUUGUGCCGGCGGUGGGCCUAGGGGACACGCCGUUCUGUAGCGAGGAGUGCAGGUACCACCAGAUGGUCAGGGACGAUCACGUUGCACUUUGGCAAGUGGCGCUGGGACCGCUUGUGCACCAAAGAACAACCACAACUCCAAAUGUUGACAAUGAUGACCCAGAGGAAGGUGAGGAUGAAGAGGAGGCUCACCUUUCUGGCAAGAGGUACAAGAAAUGCACAUCGUGGGUCUGGAAUUAUUUCACCAAGAAAAAGGAGUAUGUAGAGGUGGAAGGAAAGCAGAUUGAGGAGAUUUGGGGAUACUGCAAUUUCGCUAGGUGUGAUCAGAGGUACAGAGCUGAGGGCGUCCAUGGGACGACUGCAUUCAAGAACCAUUUGAAGUCAAAACACAGUACUGUGAAGGGACAACAACAGCUUAAAGUUGGUAAGAACCCUGGUUCUGUAGCAGCUCAUGUUCAGCCUUUCAAAUAUGACCAAGAAGCUAGCUUGAAGAAAUUGAAUUUGGCAAUAACCAUGCAUGAAUAUCCUUUCAAUAUAGUUGAGCAUGAGUAUCUUAUUGAUUUCAUAAAAUCUCUCCGUCCUAGCUUUCCGAUAAAAUCUCGUGUCACUGUUAGGAAAGGAAUAAUGGACAAUUAUUUCCAAGAAAAAGAAACUCUGUAUGCACUCUUGAAAACUAUGAAUUGCCGCUUUAGUGCAACAAUGGAUAUGUGGACCUCGUGCCAAAACAAAGGAUACAUGUGUGUUACAAUUCAUUGGAUAGAUGAUAGUUGGCGUAUGCAAAAGAGAAUUAUUGGUUUCUUCAAUGUAAAAGGUAGGCAUACUGGUGCAAAGUUGUCUGAGACAUUCACUGAAGUUAUGGUUAAAUGGUACAUUGAAAAUAGACUAUUUGCUUUGACUUUGGAUAAUGCUAGUUCAAAUGAAGUGGCUGUCAAUGAUAUUAUUUCAGAUCUGAAAGAGAAUGCUAAUGGUUCCCUAGUGUGUGAUGGGAUGUUUUUUCAUGUUAGAUGUGCCUGCCAUAUUCUCAAUUUGGUUGCUAGAGAUGGGUUGAAAGUCAUUUCAGGAACACUCAGCCAAGAUUCUAAAAUGGUUGGAUCAAUUGUGAGUGAUCUUGAGGUUGAUGCUUUGACUAAUGUUGUGGCUAAGCUGAAAAUUGAGGACAAUAACAAGGAGGGGGAAGAGGACGCUGAGGAGGACAAUGAGGAAGAAAAAGACAUGGAAAGUGAUCCUAUUCCUGACAUCAUGGAUGAUGCUGAUGAACUGUAG